GCCUGAAUUCCGACUGGGGCACACCGGAUGGUCUCACCCCUGGAUUGGACAAGAAUUUACAACCACCACGGACGGAACCUACGCCUCUGCCCUCUGCCCUCGACAUUCGUUCUUUAGCUUCGUGAGCUUCCACCAACCGUGUAUCUCCGGAACAAUCGUCCGGCCUUUCGUUUUUCCCCACUCACCCCUUUUUCCGAUACCACACUUUUGAUCGCUUUAAACAUGAAGGAUACAUCUACAAAACCGUGGAGGGGGGAUAAUAGUUAUGACGUUGCAAUUGUUGGGGCUGGAAUCAUCGGUUGCUCUCUCGCAUUCACCCUCGGGAACCAGGGAAGGAGGGUGUUAUUGCUUGAGAGGGACCUUUCGGAGCCUGACAGGAUCGUUGGAGAGCUCUUGCAGCCUGGUGGUGUUCAGGCACUUGGGACACUAGGAUUAAGGGGUGCGUGAGAGUCUCAUCGUCACCACUCGAGCACUGUGUAUUUGUAUGGCAUGCUGAUUGAUUUAUCUUGGCUUCCUUCCGGAUUAGAUUGUUUGGAGGGUAUCGAUGCAAUUCCAGUCUAUGGGUACCAGGUCAUUUAUCAUGGGGAGGGGGUUGCCAUACCCUACCCCCGAGGCCCUGAUGGGAAGGCACCGGAAGGUCGGUCGUUUCAUCAUGGAAAGUUCAUCAUGAAGCUGCGUGAGGCGGCUAGAAAUGCGCCCAAGUGUGUCACGGCCUGAUUUGUGAGUGGUUUGGGGGGGCUCUGCGCUAAUCCGUGGCGUGAAUCGGCAGUGUCACGGUCCUGGAGACAACUGCUCGGGAGAUCAUCAAGCACGAAGGCUCGGGCCAGGUACUGGGGGUGGUUUGCAAGAAAAAGGGCUUUGAUGAGUUGGACUAUGUAGGAGCCUGAAUUGCUUUGGGGCGACUUUGGUCUUGAAUGGUAGAAAGCUGAUCUUGGCUAGUACUUUGCUUCACUUACAGUUUCCGCCGACGGAUAUGCGUCAAAUUUUCGGAAAAGGUGUAUCGACAAGAAGCCUCAAGUUCGAUCUCACUUCUUUGCCCUUGAAUUGAAAGAUGCAAAGCUACCUUCCCCCGGAUAUGGCCAUGUUGUGCUGGGAGACAAUCCCCCAGUCCUCCUCUAUCAAAUAGGCACCCAUGAUACUCGAGCUUUGAUAGAUGUGCCGCAAGCUCCUUCGGCCGCUUCGGGUGGCAUUAGGGGGCACCUUGCGAAUGUCGUACUUCCCGACCUGCCGGAAUGUAUUCAACCUUCAUUUAAAGAGGCUCUCAAGGCGGACCGGUUUCCUUCUAUGCCUAAUUCGUUCCUUCCACCUUCCACUAAUACUACACCCGGAAUGAUGCUGCUUGGUGACGCCAUGAACAUGAGGCAUCCGCUAACCGGUGGAGGAAUGACCGUUGCGUUUAAUGAUGUGGUCUUGAUCAGCGAUCUUCUGAGCCCAGAGAGCGUACCCGAUCUUGCUGACACUGACUCGGUCCUCGUGCAAUUAUCAAGAUUUCACUGGGAGAGGAAAUCGUUGACUUCCGUCAUCAACAUCUUGGCCCAAGCAUUGUAUACUCUAUUCGCUGCUAAUGGUAACCCUGCCGCAAUGUUCUGCUUAAUAUUGUUACUCAUGGUGUUUGUCACAGACAACAAGUUGCGGGUACUGCAAAAGGGUUGCUUCAGGUAUUUUCAACGGGGAGGACAGUGCAUUGAUGGACCUGUCGGCCUAUUGGCUGGGUAGGUCUUUGUUUGUCCUGCUUCCUUCCUUAGCGUUCACUGACUGCGUCAUAGCAUCAUCCACCAACCAAUGGUAUUGUUCUUCCACUUCUUUGCCGUUGCCUUCUAUUCCAUCUACAUCCUGUUUGCGUCGCUCUCACCUGCCAGUUGGCCUGUCGCUUUCUUUAGUUCUUUUGGGGUCUUUUAUAAGGCUUGCGUCGUCAUAUUCCCGUAUAUCUUUUCUGAAGCCAAGUCCUGAUUCUCGGUAUUUGGGUCUCUUUUUUUUUUUUGAGAUUUCUUGUAAUAUAGCCUUGCAUCCCGGGCUCGUUUUUUAAAUUUUUUUUAAAUUUUUUUUUAAAAAUUAUUCUGAUGUUUGGAUGGAGACAGAUGGUGUUUGGAGUGUGGCUCAAGAUGGCCAGCGUAAUUAAUACUGAUGUUGGUGCAAUGUAGAUGACAUGAUGCAAAUAAAGGGUUUCUUUGUACAGCAUAUACCGUGUGGGUAACCUCCAGUGCAGUAUGCCUUUUUCUGGUCCUGCAGGACGUGUGGUUGUGUUUCUUUGUUGGUCUUUGGGAUGUUUUAAACCGCAGUGUCGAAAAGGCUGAACACUGUAGUCUAAGUAUGGAGAGAUAUGAUAUAUAACUUCAAACCGU